AUGCAGGAGCUACAAGCAGCGAAAGAGAAGGCCUCUGGUUUUUUCGCUAACAAACCCCUUCUACUAAGAAACACCCAAUAUGAAAACUUUCACGUGGAACAGAAGGGAUAUGAUCAAAUGUACGAUGGUGAAGAUCUUGAAACACCGCCAUCACCAGAUCGUCCACCACCAAGACAAAUAGAUAAAUAUGUCCGUGCGGAAUGUCCAUGUUUGAGCGCCCGUUACACCGUAGCGCUACUAGCCUGCUUUGGAUUCAGCAUUAUGUUUGGCAUGCGGUGCAACAUGAGUAUGGCUAAACUUAAGAUGACUGAAAAACAUGAAACUGCUUCAGGCAUUGUUGAAGAUUCCCCAUUCAAUUGGACUGUAGAGGUGGAAGCAUCAAUCGAUUCAUCAUAUUUUGCUGGCUAUCUCAUUACCCAAGUUCCAGGCGGCUUUUUUGCAUCCAUGUACCCUGCAAAUAAGAUAUUUGGUGCUGCUAUUUUUGCUUCUGCUAUAUUCAACAUGGCAAUUCCUGGGGCAAUGUCCGUCGGGCCUGUGUCGGUUGUUAUUUUAAAAAUUGCUCAGGGAUUCGUUGAAGGUGUAACAUAUCCAUCUUGUCAUGGUAUCUGGCGUAUGUGGGCACCUCCUUUAGAACGGUCUCGACUGGCAACGCUUGCCUUCUGCGGUACAUAUGCUGGUAUUGUCAUUGGCAUGCCCCUGUCAGGUCUACUGACGGAUUAUAUCUCGUGGCAAUCGCCCUUCUAUUUUUAUGGAAUAUCAGGAAUUAUUUGGUACUUCCUUUGGCUGUGGUUGGUAUUCGAAAGGCCCAGUAAACAUCCGCACAUUUCAGGAAAAGAGCUAACAUAUAUAGAGCAAUCUUUAGGAACUAAUACGAAUGUUGCUAUGCCUUCAUUCUGGACAACGCCCUGGAAGGAAUUUGCUACUUCCCCCCCUGUAUACGCCAUCAUCGUAGCAAACUUCUGCAGGACGUGGAACUUCUGUCUACUUGUCAUUUUUCAAUCUUCUUAUUUUAAAUCACGGUUUAAUAUGCAAAUUACUGAGUCUGGAUUUGUUGGAGCGAUACCUCAUUUAAUUAUGACGUCACUGGUACCUAUUGGAGGAAUGAUGGCUGAUUACUUACGAAAAAACAACAUAAUGACUACAACGAAUGUGCGCAAACUUUUCAAUUGUGGCGGUUUUGGCUUGGAAGCUUUCUUCUUUGUACUCAUUGCAUAUGCCGAUAACAAGUACGUGGCAACAAUAGAAAUGACCUUAGGGGUGGCAUGCAGCGGCUUUGCUAUUUCUGGAUAUAACGUCAAUCAUUUGGACAUUGCGCCUCGAUACGCUUCUAUUCUUAUGGGAUUGUCUAACGGUAUCGGCACCAUUGCUGGCUUCAUCGUUCCUAUUGUCAUCGACCACAUGACUCAAGAGAAGGACAAUUUAGAAAAGGCGAUAACCGAAUGGCGCGCAGUGUUUCUUAUGGGUGCCACAGUACAUUUUAUUGGCAUUACGAUAUACGGCAUAUUCGCUUCGGGUGAACUGCAGCCAUGGGCGGAGCCCGCUCCUACGUACGAAACUCCUCUGAAGCCUUUAGACCAGGAAACGACUUUUUCGGAGAAGCCAAACGAGCCUUUGAAAAAUACAGAGCCGCCAGCCUACGGAAGUAUCGCUCCGCCGCGUCCUCCGGCGGUGCAACAGCAUGUACCCAAUAAUCCUUUUGUAUCAGGGGCACUGUACCAGGCUGAGCCUAUACAACCUCCUGCCCAGCCUUAUGAGGACCUCACUGACGAUGGUACUUAC